AUGAAAAUUCUGAAAAAAACAACGCCACAAAAUUUAUUUAAAAAAUACGCGAGCGCGGCAGACAGGACGAAUCAGGAGGUAAUGUUAAUAAAUGCACUCUAUGCUAAUUUGACAGACUUCUCACGAUUGGUUGACAUGGUAAUAUCGAUUGAGUGCAACGAAGUACAAAUCGGUUCGAAAGCGGGCCAGGAGCCAGCCAUCCAAUACAUGGACUUGUACUGGAUCGUCUUCAUCGUCGUCCUGUCUGUCAUCACGAUUUCAACACUGCUCACUGCUGUCGUCAUCUUCAAACAGAGGAACAACAAAAAAAAGCAAAGUCAGAGAUUCAAGUCACGCAUGGAGGCAUUAAAAGCUUUAACUACAAAAGAGAUAACUAAUAGUAACAGCGGCAACAACAACAGCUUCAGUUCGUCCAAUAUAUUGGCUGAAAGUGUGCCUCUGAAUGCUAACAACUUAUCAAAGAGAUCGAGUGAGUGCAAGUUUGAGAGGCAAAGCAUGAAGAUGAUGGAUGUUGAUAGAGACACGAAAGCCAACGUAUUUGUUGCCGAACAGACUCGCGUCAGUUCGAAAAUACCGCAGUGCCCCGAUAGACCGUACGUUUUCAUAAAAAAUAUUUCACCUUCUUCAUGCUUUGAAUUCAAGACUGCAACAUUCACAACAAAGUUGGACGCGUUGCCAGAGGAUAAUCAGAAUUUCAACAGAAUUAACAUCCUGAACGCAACAAAAGGUAUAACGACUUCACAUUACAGCAACAAUACAAUGCCCCUCUCAAGCUCCAUUUCAUCAACAAAUUUAUGCAAAAAUAACAACAACGACCCACAAUUCAAUUCGUUAACCUUUGAUCAAAACGGCAGUGACGGAAAUAAUUACUGUUGCUGUCCGUUAGACGUUGAACUCUGCAAUAAUGAAAUGAGUGCCAUCGCCAUGAAGAACAUUUAUUCGAAAUCAUUAACGCGCAAACUCAACAAAUCAACGAAACAGUACAGCACCCAACAGUUCAACUGCAACAACAGUUACGUCAACACGCUGAGCUCUGAUGCCAACAGCAUUAUAGAGGAUCCCAAAAUUGUUGUCAGCAAAGUGAGAAACGUCGUCGCGAGCAACAAAAACUCGAACAAUGAUGCACCUAACAACAUCGUUAGGGCGGGCAGAUCUGAAGACCAAUGUACUUUAAUGACCAGACAUCAUCCUCAUCAGCAGACGCACAGCCAGCAAAACAGUCUAUCAGAUAACGAUUCCUGCUUGUCAGACACAGUAUGUAGGAUAAUCUUUUGUAGAGAUGCAUCAUUUUUAUAA